AUUCUAGAUUUUACCUCGUUUACACAUUAGGACAAUCCAGAGAUGCUUCACUCAAACUCUCCAAUAUGGAUGUGGAGUUUCUGUAGAAGGGCUCCUGAGUGCUCGACUUGCUUAGUUCCGUUGCCCCGACCCCGCGGUCAAUUUCGCCUGGGGAUUGCUCCAACACCGGCCACGCCGAAAGUCAGGCCACCGGUUACAACAUGCGCAUCGAGCCUAGAAGCUGGUCCAUACCUCCAGCUAUGUACCAGGACACAGCUUCCUCCAUAUCGUACGGUUCGUGCAGAUUUGCCCGCAUCGACCGACAUCCCGCAUCUCAGCCACCCGAUUGAUCAAUCAUCUUUUCCGUUCGUCUCGUGUUGCCAUGUUUCUUGUUGGUCGAGACUUGGCUUUAUCAUAACCUGGCGUGAUACCGACGGUGACGAUGACGGAUGAGCUCGUAUAAAAGGGAAUGCGCCGGUUGCGCAUUGAUGACAGUAGGUCGAUUCUGACAAGACUGCCAAUAGCCGUGUCAUACAAGAAGAUCCCCGUCCAGAAGCCCGGCCCCGAUGAAGUCCUCAUCAACGUCAAGUACUCGGGCGUUUGCCACACCGAUCUGCACGCCAUGAUGGGCGACUGGCCGAUCCCGACCAAGAUGCCGCUCGUCGGCGGGCACGAGGGCGCCGGCGUGGUCGUGGCCAAGGGCGAGCUGGUGACGGACCUCGAGCUGGGCGACAAAGCCGGCAUCAAGUGGCUCAACGGCAGCUGCCUGGCCUGCAGCUUCUGCAUGCAGGCCGACGAGCCGCUCUGCCCCAAGGCGCUGCUGUCGGGCUACACGGUCGACGGCACCUUCCAGCAGUACGCGGUGGCCAAGGCGGCGCACGUCGCGCGCAUCCCCGCCGAGUGCGACCUCGCGGCCGUCGCGCCCGUCCUCUGCGCCGGCAUCACCGUGUACAAGGGCCUGAAGGAGUCCGGGGCGCGGCCGGGCCAGCACGUGGCCAUCGUGGGCGCGGGCGGCGGGCUGGGCAGCAUGGCGAUCCAGUACGCGCGCGCCAUGGGCCUGCACGCGGUGGCCAUCGACGGGGGCGCCGAGAAGGGCGAGAGCUGCGCGGCGCUGGGCGCGGCCGCCUACGUCGACUACACGACCAGCGUCGGCGACGACUUCGUGCGGGACGUCCGCAAGGCCGCGGCCCCCGACGGGCUCGGCCCCCACGCCGUGCUGCUGCUGGCCGUCGCCGAGAAGCCCUUCCACCAGGCCACCCAGUACGUGCGCAGCCGCGGCGCCGUCGUCUGCAUCGGCCUGCCCGCCGGCGCCCACCUCUCUGCGCCUGUGUUUGACACCGUCGUCCGCAUGCUCACCAUCAAGGGCAGCUAUGUUGGUAAUAGACAGGAUACGCAGGAGGCGCUGGACUUCUUCCGCCGCGGGCUGGUGAAGGUGCCCUUUAAGACGGCCGGCCUGAGCGAGCUGCAGGAUGUGUACCAGCUGAUGCGGGAGGGCAAGAUCGUGGGCCGGUAUGUGGUGGAUACUAGCAAGUGAGUAGACAUGAGGGGGCGUUUUGGCGGUUGCGUGUUGUGAUAAACAGGAUUGUAUGGUUUGUCUUAUUCAACGAUGAUGACUUCGGGUUGGUGGUGUGUGAGCGGAUGAUGCGAAGGGUAUCUGGUUCAGCUUGAGGUCAAUAAAUGAUCAAGAUUUCACUUUCCCA